AUGGCCACCAUAAAAGCCAUUGAAGACCGGACGAUCCAUCAAAUCCAGUCCGGUCAGGUCAUCGUUGAUUUGUGUUCCGUCGUAAAGGAGCUGGUGGAGAACAGUCUGGAUGCUGGCGCAACGAGUAUUGAUGUGCGCUUCAAAAAUCAGGGUCUGGAGUCUAUCGAGGUGCAGGACAAUGGCGAUGGCAUUUCUCCGAACAAUUACGAGACAUUGGCCCUCAAACACCAUACCUCGAAGCUCUCCACGUAUUCGGACCUAACGACUCUACAAACCUUCGGUUUCCGUGGCGAAGCCUUAUCCUCACUCUGUGCGCUGUCCAAGUUCUCCGUGAUAACAUGUAGGGUAGCGGAUGCGCCGAAGGGCACGAAGCUGGAGUUCGAGGUCUCCGGGAAGCUGAAAGGGACGAGUGUGGUAGCAGCACAGAAGGGAACCACUGUGUCGGUAGAAACCCUUUUCAAUAAUCUUCCAGUCAGAAGAAGAGAACUGGAACGAAACAUAAAGCGGGAAUGGGGGCGAGUUGUGGGUGUUCUUGGUCAAUAUGCAUGUAUUCAGACGGGCAUCAAGUUCUCCGUCUCGCAACAAGCCGGAAAGGGAAAGAAAACCACUCUAUUUUCUACAAAGGGCAAUCAAACUACAAGGGAGAAUAUUGUCAAUGUUUUCGGGGCUAAGACGCUCACGGCAUUAGUACCAUUGAACUUGGAUUUAGAGUUGGAGCCUACCAGUGCUCCCAGCCAAAGAUGGAGCACGCAAGAGGAUGGCGAGAAGAAGGAUAUACGAAUCGUUGGACACAUUUCACGACCAGCUUCUGGUGAAGGAAGGCAGACCCCGGACCGACAGAUGUUUUUCGUAAAUGCUAGGCCCUGUGGACUGCCGCAAGUAGCAAAAGCCUUCAAUGAAGUCUACAAGGCAUACAAUGGCUCCCAAUCGCCUUUCAUAUUUGCCAAUAUCGAACUAGACACCCACAUGUAUGAUGUCAACGUCAGUCCUGAUAAGCGUACGAUAUUAUUACAUGAUCAAACGCGUAUGCUAGAGAACCUCAAGGAAGCUCUUACCGCACUGUUCGAAUCCCAAGACUACACCGUGCCUAUAUCUCGGCUACCGGCACAAAAGCAACCGUCAUACAAGCAGUUGACAAUCAGUCGAGAGAACACCGUCCUUCCAAAGCCACAGCAGGCUCCAUCUGAGACUACAGAAGCCGAAGAGUCAGAGGAUGGCUCAAAAACCCCCAAGCCGGAGCCGAGCACUGAUGAUGACGAGGAACCAAGCAGGCCAUUGAAACAAAAUCCCAGGGGUGCUGCUGUCUCUCGAGAUUCUAUGAGUCGAGAUGGACAAGCUGUGAACUUGAUAUCAGAUUGGCUUGGAAAAAAGACAGAGGAUCGUAGCGAGGAAAAUAUUAAAGCACCUGGGCCUCCCCCUAAGAUGCCCAAAGGUCUUUCUAAAGACAAGCGGAGUCUUGUUGAGAAAUUGAAAAAGUAUGGCGAGCAAGCGCAAGUACCAGAUGAUAUACCCGAAGAACCUGAGAGCUCAAUGGAGACCCCCCAAGCAUCUUAUGCUGAACCUUCAUAUAAACCGUCAUUACCUGUAGCGGACUUCAAUCGAAGAAUCACUGAAUUGCAUAAGCAGCAUCAUUCACCAGCAGCCGAGGCAGAUGAUGUUGACAUGGAACCACCAAUACCGGCCCUCGUGUCUCCUUCGAAAUCACCCCCUUCAUUGUCAAGUCGAUUCUCUAACAGUGGAAGGCCCAACCGAGCUCCUGCUGAGAUGGCAACGAUUACUAUUGGGGAACACACCGUGACUAGCUCAAUAGGAACGCCAUGCCCCAAAAGAGCUCAAACUAAUAUGCUGAGCACGACUCGUCGCACAGAACGAAACGUCGCAGUAGAAACUCCUAAUCCAUCAUUUGGAAAUCGCUUGAGCAAGCGUUUUGGAGCCCCUGGGACAGCUCAACGAUCGUCACCUAGUGAAGAUGGUGAGGGCACGGAGGGCGAGGAGGAUGGUGGCAGUGAAAAUGGAGAGACUCGAGAUACUCCAGAGGAAGUUGAGAGUCCAAAACUCUUUGUAGAGGAUGGGGUUAACGAAGGCCAGCAAGCUCAGCCAGAGACUGAUGAUAUUGUGGAGGAAGGUGAGGAAGGCGAUUCUGAAGCACGUAAUUUUGCCGAUCCUGAAGAUGAAGAUUACCUUGACGAGAGCGAGAAGAAAGCUCGUGAGGACGCCAAAGUCCAGGAAAUGAUACAGGCCGCAGAGGAUGCUGCUGUGUUGCCUUCACAGGAAAACGUUCUACGAGCUAAAGGUCUACUCAAGGGAGGGUCUAAAAAGAAGGAUUCCACCUUCAACCUUGUGAAAUCUAUGGAUAUCAGCUUCUCAACAAUUAGCCAGCAAUUUCACGCAUCAAAUCGGAUUUUAUCGACAUUACAUGACGCAACCACUACAAAAGAAGAAGACGAGGCUCUAGAUUCCGAUAAAGCGGAGGAAAAGCUUUCCCUUACCAUCUCUAAGACCGAUUUUGCCAAGAUGAAGAUCGUAGGGCAGUUCAACCUCGGCUUCAUACUUGCUUCUCGAGCUUCAGAUGCGCAGAAAGACGAAGUCCCAGUUGCGGAUGAUCUAUUCAUCAUAGACCAACACGCCUCGGACGAAAAGUACAACUUCGAACGUCUGCAAGAAACAACCAUCGUCCAAUCCCAGCGCCUCGUCUACCCUAAAACUCUUGACCUCACAGCUUUGGAAGAAGAAAUCGUCCUCGAAAAUCUCAAAGCUCUUGAGACAAACGGCUUCAUCGUGACCGUCGAUGAAUCUGGGGAAUCACCAGUAGGACAACGCUGCCAGCUCGUCGCCCUACCUCUGUCCCGCGAAACUACGUUCUCUCUUGAAGACCUCGACGAGCUCUUGGCGAUACUGACGGAGCAUCCACCUGGUUCGGUCCCGAGACCGAGUAAAGUCCGGAAGAUGUUUGCGAUGCGCGCUUGUAGGAGUAGUAUCAUGAUUGGGAAAACGCUCACAGGAAAACAGAUGGAGAAGGUAGUCAGGCAUAUGGGCGAAAUUGACAAGCCGUGGAAUUGCCCGCAUGGCAGACCUACGAUGCGGCAUCUUUGUGGCUUGGGAGUGUGGGACGAGCUUGGUUGGACCGAGGGUGAUGAGCCGGACGGGGAGAAAACAGUAAAGACAAAUUGGGCGGGUUAUAUUAGGGCGCAAAGGGAUGAACUUGAGGAGUAA